AUGCAACGAAAAGCUUUAGGAAAAGCUGCAGUUAUUGGAUCCUUGUACGAUGCUACGACAGACACAUUUAGUAAAACUACAAUAUUGAGAAUUGAGCUGCUAUUUAAUUCUGUAAGCAGAGUAAAUAUCCCUAAAACUAUUGCAUUAGAUGGAUCUGUAAAGUAUUUAGACGAUAUAAAAGAUAGUUUUAGAUCUAUAAAAGGUACACUUGUGUACAAAGUAACUUCGGUUGAAGAAAAUCUAGAUAUUUAUCGUGAAUACACCAAAGGCUACACAUAUACACGUAGUAAUAGUACCGUAGGCAUUGAAGGGAAAUUGUAUAAUACCAUUAAUCGAUUCUCAAUAAAGUUAUUGGGAGACGUUAUUCCUAAUACGAUUCCUCAAUCUGUUGAAGAUGCCAAAAUAAUCUUAUCAAAACUUUCAUCAUAUAUUAAAAAAAAUAAUGACGGUAAAGGUGUUCCAAUAGAAUAUAUUCUUUAUCCAUUAACAGAAUUCUCUAAAAUAUUAUCGCAACAUUCUUCAGUUGAUCGUAUGAUAAUAGAGUUAAGUGAAGAUACUACUCUAAGAAUAGAACAAAUUUUUAUUGAUUUAUUCAAAUCAAAGCAAAAGUUUAAUGAUUUAUUUAAUGAUGUAAAAUCUAUCUCUAAAUUCAUACCUGAUGACUUUUUGAUGAGAUUAAUAAGCAUGUACAAGAAGUUUACUUAG